AUGGUAGAAGAUAGUCAAUUUGUCCACUGUCAAGUCCGUAUGGAUGGGUUGAGGUUUCCUUUCUGUGUUUCGUUUAUGUAUGGUCGCAACACAGUGGAGGAAAGGAAGAAACUAUGGCACAAAAUUCCUAUAUGUACAGCUGAUAGUUGGAUUGUAAUGGGAGACGUUAAUGCAGUGUUUAAGGCUAAUGACAGGGAUGGUGGUAAGCCUAUUUCUAAGGCUGAGAUUGUGGACUCUUCCCAAUGGGUUAAUAAUUCUCAGCUUGAGGUGCUUAAACAAACAAGUUCCUUUUUUACAUGGACGAACAAUCAAGAAGGCCAGGCUCGUAUUUAUUCAAAAAUUGACCAUGCUUUUGCUAAUGAGAAAUGGCAGGACUGCUUUCCUACUGCAACAACAGUUUUCAAAUGGGAAGUAAUUUCUGACCAUUGUUCUUGUACGAUCUCUAUUCAGUCUAAGGAGUUUCUGGGGGUCAAACUCUUUAGAUUCUAUAAUUUAUGGGCUGACCAUAGGAGGUUCAAAUCAGUGGUUAUGGAUAGCUGGAACAAAUUUUCUCAUGGGACUGGCUUAAGGGCGCUGUUCUAUAAGCUGUUAAGGCUGAAACAUCAGCUGAAACAGUUUAACAAAGAUCAAAUAGGAGAUAUUGGCUUUCAAUUUCAAAAGGCUAAAUCUGAUUUUCAGGAGGCUCGUUUGCUUGCUCAGCGCUUUCCUGGUGAUAUAGCUCUCCAGAAUACUGCUAAAACAGCUGCUGAAAUUUUUGGCAGAAAAGAUCAGAUGUAUCAUAGUUUUUUGAUGCAGAGAAGUAAGAUUGAUUGGAUUAGGAAGGGAGACUCUAAUACAGCUUAUUUUCAUGCCUACUUGAAGAAAAGACGAGCUGAAAACAGAAUAGCUUCAUUUAUAAAUGAACAAGGCAGCUUGGUGGAUAAUUUUUCUGAGGUGGUUUCUCAUUUUUUGAACCACUUUAGGAGUAUAAUGGGAAGUCCUAGUUCAGCUAAGCAGAAGAUUAAUACUCAUUGUAUAGCUCUCGGUCCCAAACUGAAUAUUGACCAGCAGCCCUCCUUAUUAAUGCCUUUCUCUCAUCAGGAAAUUCGUACAACUAUAUUCAGCAUCCCUUGCAUAAAGUCUCCUGGCCCGGAUGGUUUUGGAUCAGGUUUUUUCAAGGACCUUAUCAAGAAAUAUGGGAGAUCAGCUGCCUCCGCAAGGUGUGCUAUUAAAAUAGAUAUUAGCAAAGCUUAUGACACUGUUGACUGGUGGUUUGUUGGUGAUCUUUUAUCUGAGUUAUGCUUCCCUGAGAAAUUUAUAAAGUGGAUUAUGUCUUGCCUGACAAAUACUUCCUACUUAUUUCUCAUGAAUGGAAGGGUUCAAAAUGAUGUACUUUUGUUUUGCAAAGGCAAUUUAGCUUCGGUCCAGGUGCUAAGGGAAGCUCUUGAGGAAUUCAGUUUAGUGUCUGGGUUGGUAAUCAAUACUAACAAGUCUCAUGUUUAUUUUGGAGGGACUCCAGCUGAUCAAAGGAAUUAUUGGAUGGGGAUAUUCAUUCUUCCUCAGAGCAUAAUCAAGGAUAUUGAAAAGUUAUGUAGAAGCUUUCUUUGGGGAGUUAAUGGGAAUAGAAAUAAAAUUCACUUAGCUUCUUGGAAUAAAGUUUGUCUCCCUAAAGCCUAUGGUGGUCUUGGUUUUAGGAAUGGUUUAGCUUGGAACAAGGCAAUUUUUUCCAAGUACAUAUGGGCAAUCACUGAGAGGCCGGACUUGCUGUGGGUUAAAUGGAUUAAUGCAGUCUAUUUGAAAGGGACAUCUUUCUGGUCUUAUCAGGUUUCUCAAGACUCAAGUUGGUACUGGAAAAAGCUUUGUAAACUCAGGGAAGUAUAUACUUUUAGGGAGAUUUUUGCAACGGGUUAUACUGGGAAAUUCCAUUCGGCUCUGCUACAUAAUAGCUCCCUUUGUCAGCAACAGGUUGGGUAUCACAGAGCAGUUUGGUGUAGGCUAUCUGUUCCUAAGCAUCGUUUUGUGCUUUGGCUAUCUGUUCCUAAACAUUAA